AUGGCGAAAGAGAGGAAGCUGAAGAGUUUUAGCAACCCGAUAAUGGCAUUAGUCCCGUCGCCGGCAUUCCACUUCGUCUCCGCCUCUCCCUUCCCUUCGUUCCUCUUCUCUCCGCGGAAAAGCCCGAGAAACAGCCACCACCACACUCGCCCCAUCACAGUCCCUACCGCCGCCAUUUCGCUAUUCCUCUGCUGCCUUCUCCUUUCUCUCGCCAUUCUCGGAGCUCACUUUCUCAGCAUCGUUCCAACUUGGCAGGAUUCGUCGCCGCCAUGCUCCCUUUCCUUUCCUUCGACUGUUUCCGCGUCUUCGCUCUUCGUCUCGCUUUCCUCCAAUCCCGCAGCAGAAGAGGGAAUUCAGAUGGCGGCAAGCGGUACUCCGCUACUUCCGGUUCGUAAUCCCGGCAGUAAUUUGUCCGAAGAGGAAGCGGAGUUCUGGAAGCAACCGGACGGUGAAGGCUACCAGCCCUGCUUGUAUUUCACACUGGAGUACCGCAAGGCUUCCGCCAGGAUUUCCAAGGAGAAGCGGCGGUUCUUGGUUGUGGUGGUCGCCGGAGGACUGAACCAGCAGAGGAAUCAGAUCGUCGAUGCUGUUGUUAUCGCCAGAAUCCUAGAAGCCGCGCUGGUUGUGCCGGUUUUGCAGGUGAAUUUAGUGUGGGGCGACGAGAGUGAGUUUGCUGAAGUGUUUGAUGUGGAGCAUUUCAAGAGGGUGUUAAGGGCGGACGUGAGAAUCGUCUCAUCCCUUCCAUCUACUCAUCUGUUGUCGAGACAGUCCAUUCAGAACCAAAUCCCUCAUGAUGUUUCCCCUCUUUGGCUUCGCACAAAGUUCUCCAGAGAGAUGAAUGAAGAAGGUCUUGUUGUACUCAAAGGGCUUGAUUCCAGGUUAACAAAGAAUCUCCCACUUGAUCUGCAGAAGCUUCGAUGCAAGGUGGCUUUUCAUGCACUGAGGUUCGCAGAACCUAUUCAGGAGCUGGGAGACCGGCUUGCAAGAAGAAUGUGGGUGGAAGGCCCCUACAUAGCCCUGCACCUUAGGCUAGAGAAGGAUGUCUGGAUCAGAAGCGGAUGUCUGACUGGUUUAGGCCGUGAAUAUGACAAAAUCGUUGACCAAAUGAGGGAAUCUGAACCUGAAUAUCUCACUGGAAGGCUAAACAUGAGCCACAUUCAGCGAAGACAAAGUGGUUUAUGCCCCCUUAAUGCAUUUGAAGUUGCAUGGUUCUUGAAGGCGUUGGGAGCCCCAACAGGUGCAGGUAUAUAUCUAGCUGGUGGGGAGCCGUUUGGAGGCACCAAAGCUCUGCAGCCAUUGAUGCAGGACUUUCCUAAUUUGGUUACCAAGGAGAUGUUGGCACGUGGUGCGGAGCUUUCACCUUAUGCCGGGAAGUCAUCUGCUUUGGCUGCGGUAGACUACAUUGUGUCAUUGAGCAGCAACGUGUUUUUGCCCUCCCACGGAGGAAACAUGGGCAGAGUCAUGCAGGGUCACCGAGCCUAUGUAGGUCACAGGAAGUAUAUAAAGCCUAACAAGCCAGCCAUGCUUCCUUUGUUUGAGGACUCGUCCAUUUCAGAGCCAGAACUUGGAACAAUCGUGAGAAAGCUGCACAGAAGAUCACUGGGACAGCCUGAGGCAAGGACUAACAAGAGAGACCGCGAUGUUAUUGCGUAUCCUGUUCCUGAGUGCAUGUGCAAGAGCAGAAAGGCGAUUUUCUGAACGACAUGCUUGUUGUGUGUGAUAGUCAGACUUGUAAGCAUUUUUUGUCGACACAUCUGUUGAUCGUUUCUUUGCAUCUGUUUGUUACGCAUGUGUUGCUCUUUGAUUGUUGUCUGUAUGGAGGUGUAUUUUUGGCAAUGUAUAGCACUUAUUCUGCUGGUUAAAACAACUGC